AUGCAUCUUCCCAGUCUUUCCGUUCUGGUAGCCCUCGCCCUGGGGUGCCACAGCGUUGCCGCUCAGGACUGCAGAGGCAACGUUUCCGCCAUGUGGCGCUGCUUGCGCCCUGACAACAGCAACUCAGGUUACACCAGCUCGUGCUGUCCCCGUACCAACAGUUUCAUGGAAAACGGAGCUUGUUGCACCACCAACUGGCGAGCCUUCCAGUCAUGCUGUGUGACGCACAACGGCUACAACGCCGCCAACGGCUAG